AUGCUAAAACUAUCUUAUACGCCCUUGCGAAAACAACCAAAGACGUUCGCGUUCGACCACUGUUUUUACUCCUUGGAUUCAGCUCUGCCGAAUUUUGCAUCGCAAAAGACAGUAUUCGAAUGUCUCGGCAGGGAUAUACUCGACAAUGCUUUCGACGGUUACAACGCUUGUAUCUUCGCAUAUGGACAAACAGGUUCCGGGAAGUCGUACACUAUGAUGGGCUCCUCGGGUUCUGAUGAAGGCGGUAUCAUUCCACGGUUGUGUAAUUCCUUGUUUGAAAGGAUUGCAAUACAACAAUCACCACCGGCUCUCACUUACAAGGUGGAGGUAUCAUAUAUGGAGAUAUACAACGAGCGCGUUCACGACCUACUGGACCCAGAGACAACACGUCGGUCACUCCGCGUUCGUGAACAUGCAGUCCUUGGCCCUUACGUCGAUGGACUGUCACAAUUGGCUGUCACGUCCUUCCAGGACAUCGACAACUUAAUGACGGAAGGCAAUAAAUCCCGUACAGUUGCUGCCACUAACAUGAACAGUGAAUCGUCACGUUCACACGCUGUCUUCAGUGUCGUGUUAACACAAACGCUGACCGACACUGCGACCGGUGUAAGUGGGGAAAAAGUUGCAAGGCUCUCACUGGUUGACUUGGCUGGAUCCGAGAGGGCAGUGAAGACUGGCGCAGUUGGCGAUAGGUUGAAGGAAGGAUCAAAUAUCAACAAGUCGUUGACUACCCUUGGGCUGGUAAUAUCAAAACUGGCCGACCAGUCGUCAGGCAGUAAAAAUAAGGAUAAGUUCGUACCGUACAGAGAUUCAGUGCUCACGUGGUUGCUCAAAGAUAACCUUGGCGGCAACAGCAAAACUGUCAUGGUGGCAACAAUAUCUCCAGCUGCUGAUAAUUAUGAAGAAACGCUUUCGACGCUAAGGUACGCAGACCGAGCGAAGCGCAUCGUGAACCACGCGGUCGUCAACGAGGAUCCCAAUGCGCGCAUCAUCAGGGAACUCCGUCAAGAGGUGGAGACGCUCAAAGAGAUGCUCAAACAUGCCACGAUUGAUUUUCAGGGAUCGCCUAUGGGCGAGGACGUGCAUGAGAAGUUAGCUCAGAGUGAACAUUUGAUGAAGGAGAUGUCCAGGACAUGGGAGGAGAAGCUUGUUGAAACUGGACGAGUACAAAGUGAACGUCAACAAGCUUUAGAGAAAAUGGGCAUCAGUGUACAGGCCAGCGGUAUCAAAGUAGAGAAGAACAAAUACUACCUGGUCAACUUAAACGCCGAUCCUUCUCUCAACGAACUGCUUGUAUAUUAUCUAAAGGACCGCACUUUAGUCGGCGCGGACAACUCUGCCGACAUCCAACUGUCCGGUCUCGGUAUUCAGCCGCAGCACUGCCAACUAUUAGUCGAAGGUGGUGGACUUUAUAUGGAACCCUUAGGGGCUGCAAGAUGUUUCGUUAACGGCACACCAGUUGUAUCAAGAGUGAGGUUGGGACACGCCGAUAGAAUACUGUGGGGGAACCAUCACUUCUUUAGAGCCAACUGUCCUAAGGCUGCAGAACAAGAUUCUGUUCACUCCACAGCGGCGGCAUCGGAGCCACAAACUCCGGCGCAACCGAUCGACUACAACUUUGCCAGGGACGAGAUCAUGCUCAACGAGCUAAGCAAUGAUCCUAUACAGACAGCCAUAUCAAGGCUGGAGAAACAACACGAAGAAGACAAACAAGUGGCCCUAGAGAAGCAAAGGCAAGAAUACGAAAGGCAGUUCCAACAGUUGAGAAAUAUUCUAUCACCGUCAACGCCGUACCCUCCAUAUUCGUACGAUCCGCUUAAACUGGGUAAAAUGUCAGCUUGCACGCCGACGACGGCUGCGCGCGUGGAGCGCUGGGCGGCCGAGCGCGACGACACGUUCAAGCGCUCGCUCGGCCGCCUCAAGGCGGACAUCCUGCGCGCCAACGCGCUGGUGCAGGAGGCCAAUUUCCUCGCCGAGGAGAUGCGCCGCAACACGCGCUUCAGCGUCACGCUGCAGAUUCCGCCACAGAACCUUAGCCCUAACAGAAAGCGCGGCGCAUUCGUAUCAGAGCCGGCUAUAAUGGUGAAGCGUCCUGGCCGUGGUGGCCAGGUCUGGUCCAUGGAGAAGUUGGACAACAAGCUUGUCGACAUGCGCGAUAUGUACGACGAGUGGCGGCAACGCCAGCAACGACAGGGCGAUGACGGUGUCGAUGAAGUAAAUAAUCAGGAUCAAAAGGAGACGACUUUGGAUCCAUUUUACGAGUCGCAAGAAAAUCACAAUCUGAUUGGCGUGGCCAAUGUGUUCUUGGAGGCGUUGUUUCAUGACGUCACGCUGGACUACCACACACCUAUCAUCAGUCAACAGGGCGAAGUGGCUGGUAGAUUGCAGGUUGAAAUCAGUAGAGUAGCAGGCCAAUUUCCUCAAGACAGAAUUUGUGAGGCGGCUUCAGAUAGUUCCGGUGAUAUGAGAGACGACGACGAUCCCGCCGACUCAGCGCCACAGCAAGUGACAAUCCGAGUGGUGAUAAAGCAGGCGGCGGGGCUGCCGCCGUCGCUGUCGCACUUCGUGUUCUGCCAGUACUCGGUGUUCGGCGGCACGUCGGGCGGGCACUCGGAGGCGGUGGUGGUGCCGCCCGUGGUGAGCGCCGACACGCCGCCGCCCGCGCCGCCCGCCGCGCCGCUGUCCCCGCGCCACCAGCAGCAGGUCACCUUCAAGUUCGAGCACAGGAAGGACUUCACCAUCCCCCUGACCGAGGAGUUCAUCGAGCACUGCGCGGAGGGUGCUCUCUCGAUCGAAGUGUGGGGUCACCGUUCAGCCGGAUUCAGUCGUGCCCGAGGCAAUUGGGAGGUAGAACAGCAACAACUGGCUAAAGCGCGCUCACUCGCCGAUCGCUGGACCGAGCUCACGCGCAAGAUUGAACUGUGGGUUGAGAUACACGAGCUGAAUGAUCAAGGCGAAUACGUGCCGGUUGAGGUGUCGCAGCGCGCGGACGUGUGGACGGGCGGCGUGUACCAGGUGCGCCAGGGCCAGCAGCGCCGCAUCGCCGUGCGCGUGCGCCCCGCGCUCAACACGGGCACGCUGCCGCUCGUGUGCCAGCAGAUCGUCAGCGUCGAGGUCGGCUCCGUCACCGUCCGGUCGCGACUUCAAAUGCCAUUAGACUCAUAUCAAGAUGAAGAUUUGGCAGUAUUACGGGAAAGGUGGAGCGAUGCACUGUUCCGUCGGCGACAACACUUACACGCACAGCUGCAAAAAUUGGUAAACAUGUCUCCGUCAAUGAAAAGUGAACGUGAUAUGGAACGUGAACAGUCCCUCGUCGAGCAAUGGGUUUCACUCACGGAGGAACGGAACGCUGUGCUGGUGCCGAGUCCUGGUAGUCCAAUUCCUGGAGCUCCGGCGGCGUGGGUACCUCCACUUGGGAUGGAGCAUCACAUACCUGUGUUAUUCCUUGACCUCAAUGCGGAUGAUUUAACAACUCACCCAAGCGGUGAAGAAGUGACAGUAGCGGGCCAACAUUCCAUCUUGCCAAAGGAACACGGCAACAAGUUCUACGAACUUCAAAUAUUGCACCAUCACGACAGGGAUGUGUGUGCAGUCGCCUCCUGGGACUCCUCAAUACACGACUCGCAAUAUCUUAAUCGUAUUACUGAAGCCAACGAACGCGUGUACCUGAUACUAAAGACAACAGUGAGGCUGUCGCAUCCCGCUCCAAUGGAUCUCAUACUUAGGAAACGGCUAGGGUUAAACAUUUACAAGAGGCAGAGCUUCACUGACAGGAUACGGAAGAAAAUUGUCAGCUAUUACGUGGACAGGACAGACCAGCUGACCCAGACGGGCGUAACGUACGAGGUGGUGUCCAAUAUCCCGAAGGCGAGUGAGGAGUUGGAGGAGCGUGAGAGUCUCGCGCAGAUCGCUGCCACCGGGGAAGAGACCAGCGCUGCUGAUGGAGAAACUUACAUCGAAAAAUACACUCGCGGUGUUAGCGCUGUGGAGAGCAUCCUGUCCCUGGACCGUCUGCGACAAAGUGUAGCCGUCAAAGAGCUGGAGCAGGCGCGCGGACAGCCCAUCACCAUGCGCAAGACCGCCUCGGUACCUAACUUCUCACAGAUCAUGCGCUUGGACUCCUCCUUUGAGUCUCUGACGGGCCUGGCGGCGGGUAGGUCGGGCAGCGUAGCGGACCUGGCCGACGAGACCCCGCGCUCGCGCGCCGUGCACCGACACUCGUACGCGGCGCCUGCGCACAACGACCCGGACAUGACCACGCCCACUAAACCAUUCGGACUCGCGUCUCCAGCCAGUGGCAAGUUGGGCCUUCGUAUGACGACGCUCCACGAAGAGCCUGGCAGACGUAAUGAUGAGGACUCGCAUUCUGAACCGGAGUCGGCUCCUGUUGAUGAACUAACUACGCCACGAUCACAGCGUACACGCAGUCGCGCCACCUCCCGAGGUUUCCUCCCCACAUCGAAAACGUUGGACUCUUUGCACGAGCUCGCCUGCGAACGGGUGCCCAACAAGAACUCACCAUCGAUAUCAUCUAGUGGAUACGGAUCACAAGCGGUAUCAUCAACAAACUUGACAAACGACGACACUUUAUCUAUACGCAGUAUGUCAGUCGACGACACCCCGGAUUUCGACAAAACGAUGGAUUACACACACAUCAGUCGAACUAAGAAUUCAAUGGCAGGCCUAAGAAAUGAAAUCACAGAACUACGAAACGACAUAAAUGAUUUGAAAAACGAUAUUGUCGAGUCCAAAAAUGAGUUGGACGACUCGUUAUACGAGAAGGCAAAAACCCCAGUACUUACACCCGGAUCUCGAAACCGUAUAAAUCCAUUUUUGAGGGAUUGUGAAGAAACCGAGAAAGAGGAGGAACAAAAGGGACAAAUUUUGGAUCCUUUAGGAGCUUUGCCGGUUGAGAGUGCGACGUUAGGCAGUCAGAGUAAAGGCAGUGAUACUUCGCAGGUCAACGGUGAUGCGACACAGGCUGAACAAGCAAACGAUUCUGCGAAUGACGGGUCACAUGAUGUGUCACAGGAUACAUCCUUUGGUGAAGUAGAUGCGGAGUCAGUUAGCUCAGAACAGUCAAGCCAAUCGGCUGAGAACAGCCGCGAAGCGUCUUCAGUUGGCGAAAGUGAUUCCGCGUCCCCUGGACCCGACCAGCCUGUUGUCAAGACGCAUUUGCCUGCUGGCAAGGUGGUCCGUCGUCGGGCGGGAGGCGCGAGCGCCCGCUCGGCGAACCGCGCGUCGUACCCGAGCGCGCGCGCCCGGCCCGCGCACGACGCGCCCGCCGCCCUGCACGACACGCCUGCCUCCUCCACCGAGCGGAUUGGAGAUGGAGACGAAUCAGCGAGCGAGUGCCCCGGGCUGCAGAGCUGGAUGUCGGUGGGCGAGAGCGUGCAGCUGCGCCUCAGCAGUAGCACGGGCGUCAUCGCCUACACCGGCCCCACACACUUCGCCUCCGGCACCUGGAUCGGCGUUGAGCUCGAUGCUCCUACUGGCAAGAACGACGGGUCGGUGGGCGGCACGCGCUACUUCUCGUGCCGCGCGCGCCACGGCAUCUUCGUGCGGCCCGACAAGCUCGUGCACGACCGCCGCGGCCGCAGCGCGCGCGCAUACCGCGACACAAGCGCCUCCACCAAGGGUGAAGGUCUACACAAUCUACACAGAUCGAGGAGUCGCGGCGACAGCAUAAACGCCGUCGGAACUAAAACUAGAGUUAGCAAAUAG